CUGCAUGAGCGGUUCGCUUGGCCCCGGAGCCUCAGGCAAUCAUGGAUCAAGCAAUGCAAUUUGUUGAGCCCAGCCGUCACUUUGUAAACGAUUCCAUCAGGCUUGUUAAAAGAUGCACUAAGCCGGACAGAAAAGAAUUCCAGAAGAUUGCCAUGGCAACAGCAAUAGGUCUUGCGAUAAUGGGAUUUAUUGGUUUCUUUGUGAAAUUGAUCCAUACCCCCAUCAACAACGUCAUUGUUGGUGGCUGAACACUCAUCAAGAUCUGAAGGGCGUCUUGUAGGGGAAGA